AAUUCGAACAAAAUAUGCUCUUCUUGGUGAAUGGGGUAAAUGGACAUCUGUGAGUCAACAAAGAUUUAUAUCCAUAACUACAAAUAAAGAGAAAACUCAAGCAACUAUAACUCUUCAAGGUGUAGCUUCUGAAAUAGUACCAGUGGUUCUUUUUAAUUCUAAUUUACAUUCUGUUACUGUUAAUUGUUCAAUGUCGACUGAAAAUGGUCAAGCAAACGUUGUAGUCACUCCAACUAGUGUCAUUUGUUCUUAG